AUGGCUAUCGUGGCCAAAUUUCUGACUAUUGCUUUGGCUCUCAACUUGGUCCAAUCUUCGUUGCAAUCGUAUUUCAUUCAGGAUGACAUAUUGGCAUUUCCUCGCUAUAAAGUAGUGGUAACAAGAGAGAAAGUCUCCAAUACAGAUGUAAGCUUAAAGCACGUCGAGGCAUCAUCAAAUACCAUCAUGAUGACAUCUUCGUUAGGACAACCCUUUUCUUGCAUCAUUCCAGACGUUCAGGUAGAGCAAGAGCGUUUAGAACGAGAGAAGGAGGAAAGCACACAAGACGAAACCGAACAAGAUGUCAACAAAAUCAUAGAAAAGGGUUUGGAAUUGCUAGAACCCAUUGGAUCCAACUGUAUUCGCUUUUUUACCAGCACACAUCAGUAUUGGGCAUACGAGUAUUGUCAUAAUCAAUAUGUGCGUCAAUUUCACGUUGAGCGCUCUCAUGACGGUAAAGUAGAAAAGGAGCAAGAAACAGCUUCCUUCUUUUUAGGUCUUUAUCCUGGCCUAUCUAAAGAGAGUUUGAUCAAUGCUGACAAGAAAGCGGUGGCUGCAACAACAAAGAAAGAUCAUGCAAGAGUAAAGACAGAAUUGAAAAAGAAUGGAGAUCAGCGCUAUUUGGUUCAAAAGUGGGGCGAUGGUUCAAGAUGUGAUUUAACAGAGAAACCUCGUACCAUCGAGGUUCAGUACCAUUGCGAUCUUCAGGGCCAAGAUCGUGUUUCUAGCUUUGUCGAAUUAUCCACAUGCAACUAUCAAAUCAUUAUAUCCACACCUCGUUUAUGCGAAGAUAUGAAUUUGUCGCAUCGACACCACAUUGAACCUCAUAAAAUCAAAUGUCGACCUGUAGUAUCUGAUCAAUUACUCGAGCAAGAGCAACAACAACAACAACAACAACAACAACAACAACAACAACAACAACAACAACAACAACAGGAAAGAGAAAGAGAAAGAGAGCGGGAAGGGGAGCAAAUCAGUAACGAUAAACAUCAACCAUUGGCAAAAGCAGAACAUCAACCUCAACAAGCAGAUGAACAGGAGGCCAGCGAUCGCACUGACAAAGUAUUACUAAACAUGAUAUCCGACUUGACAGAGCAAAUCAAUCAGCUCAAGCUUCAAAUGAACGCCAUGCCUGCCGAUGCCCCCCACAUCCGACCUGAUUUUUCCUUCUUUACAUUAGAUGAUCAAGGCAACGUAAUUCCAGGGGUCGACCUUGCCAAACUAUUUGCUACAGCUAAACAGCAGCAACAACCGCAAAAGCAGCAUAACACAGCCAAUACCGAGAAGAAGCAGCCAGCAAAAGAUCAACAUGAAAACAAGCAAGCAUACCAACAAAAGUACAUUGCUGCUUGA